AUGAAUGCUAAUGGAGAGGCUGCUAAUGGAGAGGCUCGUAAACGUGGUGGUGGUAUGACCCGAACCUUCUCCCCCCUCACUCCUAUCAUACAGCGCCUCUACAGCAAGUCAGAUGAGGCUGAUAGCAAGAGUGAGAGGUCCUCCAGGAGCCAGAGACACACAGAAGACGCUAGGAGAUCGGCUCCGAAAGUCAAGUUCUCUAAAACUAUUACCGAGUUUCCAGACUACAGUCACUAUGACAACCCGACAGAGAUGAAAUCAGUAUCAAGCCCAGGUCAAAGUCCGUCCCAUAGUCACCAUGGCAAGUUGGUUGGGGACUCGCUGAGGGUCAAAGAUAGUAGAGGAAGGGAUUGGAAACGGGAUCACGUGAGCUUAUACUUGCAACGUGAGGCCUCUGGGACCGUGCACGUUGCAACCAAUAGAAACCUUGAGGUGUGAUUUUACUGGUUUUGAGGUCAAGAAAAGCUUUUGAAAAGAAACAAAUGAGAGGAUACAAGUGUCGAUGUGUGGCAAGAACUUGGACUGAGAAAUCACUGGAAGAACAUUGAUAGAUAAUUCAUGUAUAAUUAUGUUUAGACCAUGCUUAUACCUUUUAUUGAUUGUUCAUUGUUGUCUAUGCAUGAUCAUAAGCUUUUAGUUUAGCAUAAACUGCCAUUAUAAUUAUUAGUGCACAAAAAGUUUAUUGCAAGCUCAGCACUUUACCAAUAUUCAAACUGUGGAGUGCUAAUAGUUAUUUUGUUAAUUGUAAUUGUGCGAUGAGUUUAUAACGAUAUUGAUAUUUUUUA